UUUAGCAAUUUUGAAAUGUGUGGUUAUGUCUUAUGUACUUCUUUGUAGGGUGUUGACUCAGCAUUACCAGCAUAUCCUGGCACUGGUAUUUGCUGUGAAAAAAAUCAAUGAAGACCCACAUAUUUUGCCAAACAUCACUCUGGGCUUCCAGAUCUAUAACAGCCAUUUCAGUGCAAGCUGGACUUAUCUUGCCUCAAUGGAACUGCUCUCCACCCAGAAGAGGUUCAUUCCAAACUACAAGUGUGACAGGAGAAACAAUGCAGUUGCCGUCAUUGGGGGACCUAACUCAAAUGUCUGCCUCCAUAUGGCCACCAUUCUUGGUUUCUACAAGAUUCCACAGGUUACAUAUGGAUCUGCUCCAGUACUGCAUUACAGAAGCCAAGCUGGCUUUGUGCAACAGAUGUUCCCAAGAGGCACUCAUCAAUAUAAUGGGAUCCUGCACUUACUUCUGCAUUUCAGAUGGACAUGGAUUGGGGUGCUUUACCUUGAUGAUGACAACGGGGAAAGGUUUGUGCAGAAUGUCCUUCCCUUUUUCUCUGAGAAGGGCAUUUGUUUUGACUUCAUACAAAGGCUCCCCAAACAAGGAUUUACGGGGGAAAUGCAGAAACUUAUAGAAGAAGGACUUGCAACUUACAAGACCAUUAUGAGAAACAGUUCCAAUGUUUUGCUCAUACAUGGAGAAAUUCAGACAAUGCCAAUUUUGAGAUUCAUGAUAGCAAGUUCAGUAUAUUUGGAUAUAUCUUCAAAGCCAGGUGAUAAAGUCUGGAUGAUGAUGGCUCAAAUGGAUUUCACUUCCUUUGCUUUCCAGGGCAGCUGGAGCAUAGACUUCCUUCUUGGUGCGAUGUCCUUGGCAGUCCAGUCAAAGAAAGUGUUGGGAUUUCGAGAGUUCCUUCAGACCAGAAAUCCUAUCUCAGAUAAAGAAGACGGUUUUAUCCAGAGCUUCUGGGAAAGUGUGUUUGAAUGUUUUUUCUCAAGCCUCGCUUCAGAAAACACGUCUGAGAAAAUCUGCACUGGGUUUGAAAAACUGGAGUCUCUUCCUGGUUCUCUUUUUGAAGUGAAGAUGUCUGCUCAUAGCUAUAGCAUGUACAAUGCCGUCUAUGCUAUAGCACAUGCUCUGCACCACAUACAUUUCUUGAAAUUCAAGGAAAAAAUAAUGGUAAAGGGGCAGAGAAAGAAACUUCUCAAUCAAUACUCUUGGCAGGUACAGUAUAUGCCCUUAAAUGUAAAUACAGGAUGACAGCAGUGUUCCUAUAUUUGAUGGGCUGCCAUGAAGAGGAGUGGAUAAACUAUUUUUCAAAGCACCAGAAGCAAGACAAGAAGCAAUGGAUGGAAACUAAUCACAGAGAGAAGCAACCUAGAUCUAAAGUAGAAAUUUCCUAGCAGUGAGAACAAUUAACCAGUGGAACAACCCAUGGAACAACUUGUGAGCAGACUUGUCUUUAAAAGUUAUGGGUGCUCCAUUACUGGAGGCAUUUUAGAAGAGUCUGGACUGUCAUUUGUCUGAAAUGAUAUAGAGUCUCUUGCUUGAGCAGGCGGUUGGACUAGUAGAUCUCCAAGAUCCCUUCCAACUCUGUUAUUCUGUUCUUUCUAGUCUAUUUUAUAUCACAAAUGGAAAAUAGCUUAUCGUAGCUUUAUAUGCAAAGGUAUAACUUAUAGGCUACAAUCUGUGAGUUAAGAAGGAGGAGGGUGGAGGAGGAAAGUAGCUGAGUCCCUGCUGAUUGGACCUCCAUUGAAUUUAAACUGCCCAGAGAUUGCUGGGAAGAGCUACAAUCUGUGAGUUAAGAAGGAGGAGGGUGGAGAGGAAAGUAGCUGAGCCUCUGCUGAUUGGACCUCCAUUGCAUUUAAACUGCCCAGAGGUUUAACUAAACCUAAUUAACUAAAAAUCAAAAACAGCAGUGGUACAUUCAGGGCAAGUGUG